AUGAAUAUAAAUAGAUGCAUCUUAAGUAGCUGCAUUAGUUCCAAUAAUCAAUAUACCAACGAAGAGAUAUCUUAAAUCGAAUCCAAUGAAAGUCUCUACUUAAAAGUUGAGGAAUCUCUGGAUAAUAUUAAGAUAUUAAUUCCACGUGGGCACUAGUUUGGAGAAUAGAGUCAGAGACUUUAGAAAGACUCCUCUAUAUUUUCAAAUGAGUUUGAAGGAGGCAAUGCUACUAAACCAUAGUCUCAGUUCUUAAUGUAGAUUAGUGUUUUCGUUAUCAUUAUCAUCGCUUUGCUAAUUCUCUUAGGUUACUACUCAUAAUGUAAAUUUUCUAUAUAUGUUGACAGAUUCUUAGUUUUGAUAAAUAAAAAGAGAUAGUAAAAUUAAGUCACUCCAUCAAAGAAAUCAAGUAAGAGGUCUUCAAGAUAUGCUUCUGACUGCAGUGGAAACACUCAGACAAUGUCUUAGAUUGAUCACAGGUCUCUUUCAUCAGAGUAAAUAUUUUAUCAUAAAAUUCUUAGAUUAAAGAAAAACAGCUAGAGCGCGACAGCUUGUGCAACCUUGGAAACUCAAUCAGGUGAUGAGCUGGAUGAGAGUUUAAUAAUUCAAUAAUCAGGAAUCUAUAAUUUUAAUCCAAUUUGUCUUCCGAGAUUAGUCAAAAUUUUCCAGGAAGACAAUAUUUAUCCUGAUCUAGCUAUGGAAUAUGAUAAAGUGAGUAUCAAUUUAGAUGAAUAUCAAGUAGGUUUACCUAAACCAAUACGAACCUCCUUCAAAAGUACAAUAAUGAUUUUUGUUAAUUAUUUACAGGGAGAUUUAGCAAGAGAGUAGGGAUCAAGAAAUCUAGAUAAAUUUCCACUGAUCAAUUUCAUUUAGAUGAAAGUUAGUAUCAAAUAGAUGAUUAUGAUAUGA